AUGGCUCCAUCUACCACCAAUGCUCUCAGCCCGGAUGUGAUUCUUGAUUACAUGAGCAAGAGUCUUUCAGUUCAAUCCAAUGAGAGGCCAUUACUCAAGGACUCCUAUUCCGCCAUAGCCCUAUUUUCCCAUGCCUGUAUGCUCGCUGUUGGUUUCCGUCUCAUAGGACUGGGCGAGGAUGACAAGAUAGGUCAGUUCAUUCAGUCAUCCCGGGCUGACUUCUCUAACGUCUACACAGAAGCACAGUCUAAUCCCGAAAAUGUACAACCUUUACCCAAUGAGUGGAAUGCCUCUUCUUCAUAUGCCUUUCGAUAUGCGCACUCACAGUCUUCCUUGGAAUUCCUGAUAAAGGUGACUCGUCUGGGUGGGAAAGCGAUCAUUUUUGGGGUCGGUCUCGGUGACGACAGGACGGCAUCAUUCGAGGUCAAGGCACAGGACUUUACUUCGGAAGGCUCAUUGAAGGAGGCUACAUACGCAUCUUCGGACAGAAAAUCGGCACUCAGAAACGCAUUUAUCUCAAAUGGUCGGCUUGAAGACUUUGCUAAACUUUUCAAGAUCAACAUCAUUCAGAAAUUGGCUCCAGGGAUUCAGAAGUCCGGCUACGAGGAGUCACCCAUUGCUGCCGAACAACCAAGACAGCGGGAAGAACCACGGCGAGAUCACUUGAGAGAUGACCAGCCUGCUCCAGCACGACCACAGAUAUUCGACGAUCCACUAGCCGCGGCACCUCGAAGACCCGCCCCCGCCGCAGACUUCCCUCCUCCAGGAUUUGAAGAUGAAUACGAAAUCAACAGACCUCCACAUGGCAUCCCACUAGGUGGACAGCCGUUCGGAAAUAUUGGAGAGAGAGAUCUAUACCCCCCUGGACUUGGACCACAUGAUCCUCUGAGAAUUGGACCGGGAGGAGGGGGAGGCUUUCGAGGUGGAGGUGGCAUGUAUCCUACGUUUGAUGAUCCUAUCUUUGGAGGUCAACCUGGCCAACAACCAUUCAAUCCCAGAGCACCUCCAGGAGCGAGGUAUGAUCCGGUAGGACCAGGUGAUGGCCCACCUAAUUUGCGAGGAGGGCCACGUUUCCCUAGUGGAGGUGGGGGGGGAGGCGGGUUUCCUGGUGGCAAUCCAUUUGGUGGGUUCGGACGAGGCGAUUUCAUCUAG